UAACAAUUUUCAGUUAACUAACGACGUUGCGCUGAGUACGUGUAUAUUCGUAAUUUCGGUUGAAAUGCGGUUUAGCAAUGCUGUUUCUGUGAAUUGAAUGUAACACUAGAUUUAUGUAACGAACAAGGAUAAGCGAGAAGCAAAAAAAAACCCGCAAUCUCGUGCAGUCAUUUGUGCAAGCAUAUUUUCUAAUUAAAUGUGAAGUUAAAGGAAUUGUUUUUAUUUGGAUGAAAACUGUGUGUGUCUAUUCGAAAACAAACGCCAGCUAAGUUUGAAAAUUCAAACGAAAGAAGUUGUGAUUCAUGAGACGAAUAACUGAAAUUUUACUAACGCGUGGUUUUUGUACAGUGCAGUUACGAAACGUCACCCGUGCAUCUAAAGGAAUGGUGUUAUAGCAGAUUGUGUGUACACUUUUGUACGUCUAACCUGUAGUAGAGUCAGUACAGUAUUGUUUUGUUUUGGUUUAUUGAAUGAAUUUCGCUCGUAUUUUAGCAUUGUUGAUAUUAUAUCAAAUUGUGAUUGUGAAUGUUUAGCGCGGCAUAAUAAUAACCCAACCAAAUAUUAUACACAAAGUACAUGGUGUCCCGUUGAAAUAGUAGAAAAAAAAGUGUUUACCGUGCAAUUCUGUGCAAGAUAUUUACGUUGAUAAGAAAAUGAAAUCGAUUACUUUUGAUAUGUUCAAUAGUUGUGUGUAAUGUAAGGCAAUUUACACUUAACACAUCGUUUUGUGGAUUAUCACUCCCAACACUGUUGGAUUAUAACUUUUGCGCAAGACUUAACGGAUUAUAUACAAUUAGCAAUAUGGAUACAUUCAAGUCAUCGUUUAGGAUUUACUUUUUAAUUGUUGCGACAUUAUCCACACUAAGCAUAGCUGAGGAACUAUUAGAUACAAGAGAAGGCGAAGACUUAACAUUAAAAUGUCGAUUUAACGAACAACACAAGGCAAACGAGUUCUCGUAUUAUUGGGCACGUUCGGCUGGAGCAAAUUUCGAAAAUGUUGCCAUUGGUAACAUUCAACUGAACACGAAUUACCGACUUGACUUCCGACCCGAUAAGGGAAUCUACGAUCUACAAAUCAAAAACGCAUCCUACGGCCGGGACAAUGGCCGAUUCGAGUGUCGUGUGAAGGCCGUCGGCACCGGUGCCGACGUACAUCAGGAAUAUUAUAAUUUGACUGUGUUAACGCCACCACAGCCGCCACUCGUUGCUCCCGGUGCAAUAUCGAUUGCGACGGAGAACAAGAAACAAGAAUUGACCUGCAGUAGUAUUGGAGGAUCACCAGAUCCGACUAUAACGUGGUAUCGCGAUGGAAGCUCCGUGCCGCUACAAGCUCCGACAAGUAAAGGUGGUUCAAAGGAUCACCAGACCACCAGCACAUUAUCGAUGACACCGAGACGCGAAGAUGAUGGAGCGAAAUUCCGUUGUGUUGUGUGGAAUCGAGCGAUGGCAGAAGGUCAACGAUUGGAAACAACGGUUACUCUCAGCGUUAAUUAUUAUCCUCGUGUUGAAGUCGGUCCAGACAAUCCACUUCAAGUCGAACGGGAAACCACCGCCAAGCUCGAGUGCAAUGUUGACGCAAAGCCAAAAGUAAGCAACGUGCGAUGGACACGAAAUGGUCGAUUUAUCAGCUCAUCACUGACGCAUACGAUUCAUCGUGUAUCGAUACAAGAUGCUGGCAAAUAUGCCUGUUCCGCUGACAAUGGCCUGGGCAAAGUCGGCGAAGAGGAAAUUAUUCUGGACGUCCUGUAUCCGCCAGUUGUUGUUAUUGAAUCGAAAACACGAGAAGCUGAGGAACGGGAAACCGUUCGGAUUAAAUGCAAUGUGACAUCGAAUCCGGAACCGGUUACUGUUGAAUGGUUUAAGGAAGGUAGCCCGGAUUUCCGGCAUUCCGGUGAUGUCUUGGAGCUGACUUCCGUGAGAGCCGAUCACGCAGGUACUUACAUCUGCAGAGCUGUAAACAUUAUGAUGCCGUACGGUGGCAAACGCGUCGAACGGAUCGGAAAUGCUACUGUAGCUCUAUUAGUGCGUCAUCGACCUGGCCAAGCUUCUAUCAAUCCGAGCAAACCUGUCGUUCACGUCGGAAACGGUGUAACAUUAACGUGUUCAGCAAAUCCUCCUGGUUGGCCAGUGCCACAAUUUAGAUGGUUCCGAGAUGUUGAGGGUGAAAUAUCAUCACAAACCAUUCUGGCGCAAGGCUCGCAAUACGUCAUUCCACGAGCUCAUCUCGGUAGCGAAGGGAAAUACCAUUGUCACGCUGCUAACGAAUUGGGUCAUGGUGAUAUGGCUACGAUUACACUUGAAGUGCAUCAACCACCACAAUUCUUGGCCAAAUUACAGCAGCAUAUGACCAGAAGAGUUUCCGAUUCCGAUUUUGCCGUCAAUUGCAGCGCAAAGGCAAAACCGAAACCAACGAUCCGAUGGUUGAAGGAUGGCAAAGAAAUUAGUCCGGACUUGAAUUUGUACGAAGUGCGAACGAGUCCCGUCGAAGGACCGAAUGGAAUGGUUACCGUCCAAAGUAUGCUGCGAUUCAAUGGCAAAGCGAGACCAAAUGAAAACGAAUUGAUUCCCGGUGAUCGUGGACUGUACACUUGUCUGUACCAGAAUGAAGUUAAUUCCGGUAACUCGAGCAUGCAUUUGAGAAUCGAACAUGCGCCGAUCAUUUUGCAUCAGUACAACAAGGUGGCGUACGAUAUUCGUGAAAAUGCAGAAGUUCGAUGCAAAGUGCAGGCAUAUCCGAAACCAGAAUUCCAAUGGCAAUUCGGUAACAAUCCAUCACCGUUGUCGAUGUCAUCCGAAGGACAUUACGAAAUUAUCACAACGACCGACAAUAACGAUAUCUACACCUCCGUGCUGAAAAUCAACCACUUAACGCACAACGACUACGGCGAAUAUUUAUGCAGAGUGGUCAAUUCACUGGAAACGAUUCGGGCACCCAUUCGUCUCCAACCGAAAGGAGCGCCGGAAAAACCAAAUAACCUUCAGGCUGCCGACGUUGGUCCCAAUUUCGUUUCACUACUUUGGGACCCUGGAUUUGACGGUGGUCUUACCCAGACGAAAUUUUUCGUUUCAUAUCGUAAAGUGGCAGUACCCCACGACGAGCAAAUGAUGCCGGAUUGUGGCACGAACACCAUAAGCAGCACCGAAUGGAUGGAACAUGAUUGUCACCAAGACAAUCCAUGCAAAGUCCCUGCAUUGGAUCAACACCAAAGUUACGUUUUGAAGGUCAAGGCUCUGAAUACCAAAGGCUCAUCGGAGUAUUCAAAUGAAAUCAUGACAACAACCAAAGUUGACAAAAUCCCAACACCUGAACACGUCACUUUCGAUCCGUCCUCCAGAACACUCAGAGUCAAUGUCGGCCCGACGUGUUUGUCAUUGAUCGCCAUUGUUGAAUCGGUCUUUAACGGCAAUACAGCUCAAGCUGAGUGGCAGAUCGUUGAAACAGUAGCAAUUAAAGCGAACGGACAUUCAUCCACACAUGAGGAUGCAAUUAUCGAACAUUUAGUCACAGCACGCAGAAGCAGUGCGAGAUCACUUGGAAUACCUGAUGAUGAAUUCCCACCAUUCGAAGACGAACUGAAUCCACGCGUUCGAGUCAAACUCUGUUUGAAAGCUAAUCACGAACACUGCGGUGAUUAUACAGAGGCUGAGAUUGGCCCAUCUUACAUUGCCGAAGCAUCCGCUCUAGCCACACCGACACUGAUCGCCAUCAUUGUUUCAUGCAUUGUAUUCGCUCUGUUCGUCGGUUUGUUGUUAAUGUUCUGCCGAUGCAAGCGAAAGCAAUCGAAGAAAGGCGUUCAAGCUAAGGACUACGAAAUGGACUCGGUACGGCCAUCGAUUGUGGCCCAACAAAAUCAGGCUCCACCACCGUACUAUCCGGCUAGUGGUUUGGAAAACAAGGCACUCGAGCAUUCAAUGGACCUAGCACUGGCCAUGGAAGAGCAGAAAGUGGCCGUUUAUGGAACGCAAAAUGGUUACGGUUACCAUCCACAACAAUCGCUUCAAGUACCUGGGCAACAUAUAACUGGAAAUGAAUGGGUGAACAUGGGCUAUAUGGACAACAGUUAUUCAAAUUCCAACAACGGCGGCAGUGUAAAUUCUCAAGAUUCUCUGUGGCAAAUGAAAAUGUCAGCGGCAGCCGGAAAUUCGGCCAAUUUGAUACCAACACAUAAUUUCGUUGAACGACAACCAUCUUAUGGUUAUGAUCCGUUAACACACGGUGGUUACGGUGCUGUUGAUGACUAUGCACCGUAUCCCCAUUUAACAACGACCAGUCAACAUGGCGGCGACGAUUAUCAUACAAUGCGUAACAGCCAGAACCCGUCCAGACAAGAUCCGUACUGCAGUGACCCGUAUGCUGCUGUGCUCAAACCAAAGAAGCGACUGGAUCAGCAUUUAGAUUCACCAUAUCACGACAUCAGUGGUCUUCCCGAUCCGUACAUGGAUCAAAUGGAGCAGGAAGAUUCGAAACCACCAAACCAACACAUGUCACUGAGCUAUGACGAAAGUUUAGAAAGUGGCUAUUCGACGCCGAAUUCAAGAAACAGACGAGUAAUACGGGAGAUAAUUGUCUGAGAACCGCCUCGGGUACGUUUUGCGAACGGAACGUGCCCAUGAAUGGUUCUUCUUUUAUAAACACGAAAAAUAGUUAUUUUUGAAUAAUUUUUCUUUUAAAUUUACGUUUUAUAUGGAGUAUAAGUGAAGACGAAUUUUACGUCAGCGACGUAACGAUUUGCAUAUUUUGUUUGAAUUUUUUUAUUUGAGAUAUGCUUUUUUAGUCCAACAUUAAAUCGCGUUUUUUUUGAAAAUAAUUUUUUGUUUAAAUUAUCUCUGAGAUAAUUUUAGCUUUUAAUGCGGGAGUGAUGAUAACGACAUGAAAAUUGGGGAAAAUGGAUUUCCCCUGUGGGGAAUGAUGUUUUUCAAUAUUUUUCAUAUUUUGUUUGUGUAAACAAUAUUCGACCGGUGGUUGAAUAACGACAACGAUGAUAAUGCUACAAGGCACAUUGUGUGUGUGUGUGUGUGUUAUACGUUGUAAUGGUUUUUGUGGUGAUUAGAUUGAUAUGAAUGGAUGGAGCUUAGAAUGUCAAAUGAUAUGAAAUGUGAUAUACUUCCACAGAGAAUUGUUUUUUGUUGUUUUUGUUUUUUUAACGAGCUAUUUUUUAAGCUUGUGCCAUGGGAUGCAAGUAAUUAAUUUGACGGACGUAUUCUGCAGACAAUUUGUUGUCGGAAAAAUAAUAUCAAAGUGUCUCAUUUAAAUGCAACGAGAAUGAGGAACGCACGUACAUUUUUGAUAUGCUCCGGACAUACACAUUUAUCGCACAUUAAAAUCCAUAAUACGAAAUUGUGUUCAUUAAUUAAAUAAUUAAAUUAUUUGCAUUCCAUAAUAACAUUCAUUUAAAUAUAUCGAAAUGUCAUCAUUUAUCACGAACCAGUCAAUUGAACCCGAUUCGUAUCACACUCGGUUAUCAUUUUGUUGAGUUUUUAGUUU